CGACGCCAAGGAGGUUGUGGUGCUGGACGUGACUCCGCUGACGCUGGGCAUCGAGACUGCCGGCGGCGUGAUGACGAGCGUGAUCCCCCGGAACUCGCCGAUCCCGACCAAGAGGGCCAAGAUGUUCACCACGUACCAGGACAGGCAGACGACGGUGACCAUCACGGUGUUCGAGGGCGAGCGGAGCAUGACCAAGGACAACCGGCUGCUGGGCAAGUUCGACCUCACCGGGAUCGCGCCGGCGCCGAGGGGCACGCCGCAGAUCGAGGUGACGCUGGAGGUGGACGUGAACGGCAUCCUGCACGUGGGGGCGGCGGACAAGGGCACCGGCCGGUCGGAGAAGAUCGAGAUCAGCAGCGCCGGCCGCAGCAUCAGCCAGGAGGAGAUCGAGCGCAUGGUGCAAGAGGCGGAGGAGUUCGCCGAGGAGGACAGGAAGGUGAGGGACAAGGUGGACGCGCGGAACAAGCUGGAGGCGUACGUGUACAGCGCCCGGCCGACGGCCGACGGCGAGCUGGGUGCCAAGAUGAACGCCGACGACAGGGAGAGGGUCAAGGAAGCGGCAAGGGAGGCCGGCGAGUGGCUAGAAGCUAACCCGGAGGCCGACAAGGACGACUACGCAGAGAAGCUCAAGGAGCUGGAGGAUGUCUGCAGCCCCGCCUUUGCCGCUGCCUACGGGAACGCCGGCGGUGGUCAUGACGACGACGCCGAGGAGGACAACGACCACGACGAGCUUUAGAUUUUUACUACUAGGAGAUAGGAGAUUUAAUUUUUGUCUUACCUUAGUACUGGUGCAUAAGAUUAGACUUGAACUACGUACUUGCUGAUCAACGGCCAAGGUCAGAAAUCUUGUUGAUUGUUUGUGUGUUUGAUUAA